UUAGGUGUAGAACCAUAGGGCUUCUUUCACUUCGCUUGACCAAACUUGAAUUGAAUUUCCCCACCCUUUUUUUUCAUUUUUGAUGUUUUUAUGUUGUUGGUUGUGAGUUGUUAGCGUUCCAUGGCAUGCUUAGACAUGUACAACCAGAACAGCAACGAUCAGCACAGCAAAUUACCUCUUGGGGUUGGGGCUCCCAAUACUCCUCCUACUACCAUCAUCAGCCCCAGGAUCUCCUUCUCCAAUGACUUCAUUGAAUCCUCCUCCUCCUCCAUCACCAGUCAUUCUACUUCUCAUCGUCCCCACAUGGUGAGGACCUACAGGGAUGCCCCUGUUUCUUCAGACUUCGAAUUCUCUGUGUCCAACUAUUCCAUGAUGAGUGCUGAUGAGCUCUUCUCUCAAGGCAGGCUGCUGCCCCUCAAAGAAAAUUGCGGCACCCGUCAGUUCCAGAAAACAACUACUCUCAGGGAUGAGCUGCAACAAGUUGAAGAAGAAGACGACGAAGAUGAUAUUUUCUCGUUGAGGCCUCCCAAGAGCUCCAGUACCAGGUGGAAGGGCUUCCUCGGCCUUAAAAAGUCUCACAUUGGAUCUAAAAAAAUUGACAAGGCUGAAGGGUCCAGGUCUGCUUUCGCUCAAGACGAAGCUCAUUCAGGAAAUGGUGAAUGAUGGAGGGUCAGGUUCCCAGAUGAACGAGGAUCAGCUUCGAUUGUAGUGGAUGAUGACAACGUUGUACUAUUAGGGUGCUGUAGUGUAGUCAGUAAUGGAGGUUUGUAGGCCGACAUUGUACUAAAAUUGAGUCCAUCAUUUCAUCAUGAAUUUGGUAGUAUUAGCCGGGGUUCGGGUUGGAUUGUUGCAUUUGUAGCAAGUACUUUAGUGCAAUUGGAUUUAACAUGUUAUCCGUGGUUUUGGAGUUCCCAUUU